GCCUUUGCAGUGUCUCUCCAGAAUGGCUUCUCUUUUUUCACCCAUAUUCUCAGCCUCAAACUCACCUAAACCUUCACAUUCACCUGAAAGAACAUUCCAUCAGAGUAAUCGCAAAGACUUUACUCGCACUUUGACUCCCAGAAGAGAAAUCUUGAAAGGACUUGCAAUAUUUCCACUUACUGCAUCUACACUAUUCAAACAACCUUCUUCUGCAGAAGCCAAAGAGGUUGAAGUGGGCUCCUAUCUCCCGCCAUCUUCAUCUGAUUCUUCUUUCGUUCUUUUUAAAGCCUCUCCUAAAGACACCCCCGCUCUUCGGGCUGGAAAUGUGCAGCCCUAUGAGUUUAUUCUCCCACCAACUUGGAAACAGUCACGUGUAGCCAAUAUAUUGUCAGGGAAUUACUGUCAACCAAAGUGUGCAGAGCCUUGGGUUGAAGUGAAGUUUGAAGAUGAAAAGCAGGGAAAAGUCCAAGUAGUGGCUUCUCCUUUGAUACGCCUUACCAACAAACCAAAUGCAACAAUUGAAGAAAUUGGGAGCCCUGAGAAAUUGAUUGCUUCUCUAGGCCCUUUUGUCACUGGAAACUCAUAUGAUCCUGAUGAGCUCUUAGAAACAUCUGUGGAAAAAGUUGGAGACCAGACGUACUACAAAUAUGUCCUCGAGACACCAUUUGCUCUGACAGGGUCGCACAAUCUUGCGAAGGCAACAGCAAAAGGGAACACUGUUGUAUUGUUUGUUGCAAGUGCAAAUGAUAAACAGUGGCAGGCAUCUCAAAAGAUUUUGAAAGCCAUGCUCGAUUCUUUCCAAGUAUAG